UAUUUGGAAACCACCUGCAGAUGAAUAUCGUUCGAUAUUUUAUGCAUUAAUAGUGAAAAAAUCGCCAUCUAUUGAUGAAUUUCGACAACAAUGGGAAACUGAUAUACGAUUAGAUCGAGAUACGGGUACUAUCACUAUUCCUGCACCAUCGAAAAUGAUUGCAGAUGAUAUCAAAGGAGUUCUACUAAGUUUGGGAGAAGAAAAAAAGUCUCGAAUGAAUCGUAUAUCUGAAUUUAUUCCUAUUCAACGAAAUAUUCGUCGUUUUGUUAAUAAAGCUAUUGGUUUCUUGCUUGAUGAAGCAAAAACUCAAAGAAUUUUUGUAGAAUGUAAAAAUCCUAAUGGAUUGACGCUACAUGGUCCUUCUGAUAUUAUCACUGAAAUUAAAAACAAGAUCAAUACUAUUAUCAAGGAAAUUGAACAAAAGAUCACUAUACAUCGUUUGCAAUUAUCAUCGGCUGAAUCAGGCUUAAUUCGAGCCGAUACAUAUAAACUAGCAAAAAUUAUUGAACGACAAACGAAUACUAUUAUUAGAGAUGUUGCACCAGAUCAGACUAAUUCUACAUUAAAUACUAAUGAUUACGAUACUAACUCGACUUUAGCUGUUGUUAUAAAUAGUCGAGAUCAAACAAUUAUCGUAGAGAAAGGUGAUAUCACAAAGAUAAAAAAUGUCGAUGCAAUUGUAAAUGCAGCAAAUGGACCAUUGUAUCAUGCUGGUGGUGUCGAUAAAACGAUUGCUGAUGCUGCUGGUCCUGCACUUGAUCAAGAAUGUAAACAAUUAAUUGCUAAGAAUAGAGGUUUACCAAUUCCUACAGGUAAAGUAGUCAAGACAACAGCUGGCAAUCUUCCUUUUAAAUGUGUUAUUCAUGCAAUUGGUCCUCAAUAUAUUGAUGGUGGUCAACAAGAACGUCCAUUAUUAUUCUCUAGUAUCUUAUCUAGUUUGCGACUUGCUGAAUGUGAAAGUUAUACAAGUGUUGCUUUGCCAGCCAUUAGCUCUAAAACUUAUGGUUUUCCAUUAGCAGAUUGUACAAAUAUUGUGAUUCGUGCAGUAAAACAAUUUUUUGCCGAUUAUCCACAAUCAUAUGUGAAAAAAGUCAUUCUAUUAGACAUGGAUGAUGCAGCUUGUAAUUCAUUUGCACAUGAAGUUGUUAUCGAUCAUAGAAAUGCAAUUGUAGAUGAUGAUGAUGAUGAUGAUGAUGACAUUAUGAACUAUGAGUUACCUCUAUUAACAGCUAAAUGGUGUUGGCAAGACGAUUCUGAUGAGAAAUUAUACAAUGAUAAUGAUAUACGCCAAAUCGAAGAAGCAUUUCAACAAUAUUUAAAAACUUCUAUUGAAAUAGAAUCGAAAAUAACUUGUGAUAAUUUAAGAAGCGCUACUAUGGUAAGAUAUCGUAUUCAUUUUAAUUCCAAUUUGAAACAAAUAUUAAAAGACAACCCAAAAGCAUUAAAUAAACGGCUUGUUUGUGGUUACCAAUUAAGGAAAAGUACUGGUAAACAACGAGCUAUUAUUCGUUAUCCAGUGAUACAACGAGAAAAAGCUACACCCGUUAUGUAUCAUCCCAAGCAAUUAGACUUAUAUGAUUUGAAAUCAAUAACGACUGGAGUCUAUUGGAAUAUUACUAGUAUCACUGAUGCAGCUGUACAACAGGCUAAAGUAGCAAUUCAGAAAGCAAUCGAUUCUGCCACGGUUUCAGAGCCUUUCUCUAUAACUCUCAAUAAAGACUUUGAUGUUCAUAAGAAAGAACUCAUCAAUAUUGCAACUCAACAGCAUAUCCAAAUUGAUUUUCAACAAGAAUGUUCAGGACAACUAUCAAUGAUAUUAAAGGGUUUAAAACCAAAUGUACAAGAAGCAAAAUUAAAAAUUACUUUGCAUGCUCACGAUACCUUGCAAAAGCAAGUAGAUAACGAUAAUGAAUUGCGCAUACCUGAAGAAUGGGGUGAUCAAAACGAAGGAUGCAAUUUAGUUGAAAUUAAUAAGAAUGAUCCUACUUUUAUUCGUAUUAAGAACCGUAUGAAAGAAACUAUAAGUAAUGUGAAAAUCAAUAAAAUCGAACGAGUACAAAAUGUAUGCAUGUGGAAUCAUUAUGCAUUUCGCCGUCGACAACUUAAAAAAGAACUACAAAAUCUCCCUAACCUACAGAUUGAAAUGGAAUUAUUUCAUGGAACAAACAGUACGGAACCCAGUGAGAUUUACAAUGGAGAUUGUGGUUUCGAUAUGAGGUUUUGUACAAGUGGUAUGUGGGGUAUUGGUACAUAUUUUGCUAAGAAUGCUUCAUAUUCUUGUAGCCGUUAUGCUUAUCAAUUACCUAAUGGCAAACAACAAGUUUUUUUAGCUCAAGUCUUGACAGGAGACGUGUAUCAUUGCAACAGCGAUAAAUCAUUGCGUUUACCUCCUAAGAGCAAAACAGUGUCUGGUCUACGAUAUAAUAGCGUGUCAGGCGAUACACAAGGCAGUAGAGUUUACAUUGUGUACGAAAAUCGUGUGGCUUAUCCUACCUAUUUGAUUACGUUUACUUCAUAG